AAGGAGAGAGGCCAUUUUUCUAAAACACAAACAAGACGAGAAAGCGAGUUAUGAAAAUAUUCUCAGCGAACGUUGGUCAAUUGAAAUUAUAAUUAAACGUGGUUCAAGCAAAUAUUCAACAUAUAGUUACAAGGAAGAAACCUGGAGAUAUACAGGUCAUUGCGAAAUACACGCAUAUGUUGUUAAAAAGAGGACUUAACUAACGUUAGCUACAUUCCAAUUUCGCAAAAUUUGCAGCUACCAGCUAGCUAAGUUGUAGCUGGCUAGCUGGCAACUUAGCUGGCUAGCUAGUGCGACCAGCUUUCAACAAAAGGUGUUUACAAGGAGGAACAAUAGAUCCAAUGGAAAUACUCAAGCAGGAGUAAGAAGACAGAAGUGGAGAGAAUAAUAAAUGCAUGUGAAGAAGAUACACAUAUCGCUCCCCGUGAUCUCCUGUUCUUCACAAUUUUGCUUCAUGGUCAAUUAUUAUGAUCAACUCCCAUGUUGUAAUUCCUGGUGCUAUUUGUCUGUAAACAUUUUGUUUUUUGUUUUCAUUUGUUGAUUGGUGAGCUUGCUGUCACAUUUGGUCACUCCGUCACCUCACCUAACCCCUUUCCCAGAGCCCUGCAGCUAUUUGCUCAGUGUAACAGAUUUGUUUGGCCCAAGUACACCCACUCUAAACCACUGCACAGAGAAGAACCAAAUAGCCUUUAACCCCCUCGUCGUAUCUGGACCGAACUGGUUCAAUCCUCUGGACAAGAAGCCUUGAGCUCCAGUUGAAGAGAGGAGUAUGACUGCUGAAACACUUAACUUCGGCCCAGAAUGGCUCCGUGCACUAUCCAGAGGGCGGAGUGUGACGUCCCCCCCUCCCUCUCCAGCAUUGCCAAAGUCCAAGCUGGCCGAUUACCGCUAUGGUCGUGAGGAGAUGCUAGCACUUUAUAUCAAAGAUGACAAACCCCCAGAGGAUAUCAUGCAGGAUAAGGAGUUUGCUGCUAUCCUGCAGGAUGAGCCUGUGCAGCCUUUGGCACUGGAGCCUCUAACUGAGGAGGAGCAGAGAAACUUCUCCAUGUCUGUGAACAGUGUGGCUGUGCUGAGGUUGAUGGGAAAGGGAGGCGGGGCCGCCCCUGCAGGUGUGGCCAAGGGUCGUGGAGGAGGCAUCAGAGGGAGAGGAAGAGGUGAAGGUGCAUUCUACCAAAGAGCUCCUGGAGGUCCUGAUGAUGGAGAGGUGGGCUUCGGUCGUGGCCGAGAAAUGCUCCGCAGCCAAAGCUGGGAUGACCGAGCUGAGAGGCCCAAGUUUGAGAAGCCAAUCAGGCGUGCUGAGGUAGUGCGUCCAGGGUUUGAGGAGGCGGGAACUCUUGGCAGGAAGGACUCCUGGCGUGCCGACAGUGGUAACUGGCGUACCCUUCGGGAGGAGGAGGAAGAGGCAGCAGCAGGAGGGGGAGAGCAGCCAGCCUGGAGAGUUGCAGGAACCCGCCGUGAUGAUGGGGGUCCUCGGUCUGCAGGCUGGCGUGAUCAUGGCGGCCGGAGGAAGUUUGAGUUUGACUUCCGUGACAGCGAGGGCCCCCGCAGGGAGGACGACAGGGACGGCCUUCCUGAGUGGUGCACUGAUGAAGAGGAUGGAGAGAUGGGCACCUUUGACUCCUCGGGGGCCUUCAUGUGCAUCAAGAAAGGCUCCAAGGGCACCAUCACUGAAGAGGAUCUGGAGUUUGAAGCUCUAGAGGAAGAUGAGAACGGUCAGGAAGUCAAGGACAACGGUCAGGAAGGCAAGGACAACUAUAAGGAUAACUACACUGACGGAGAUGAGUGUGAAGCAGCAUGUGAGGGGGUGGUCAAGUACAGGACUCCAUCUCCUCCUGCUGUCUCGGCCCCUCCCUCCUCAGACCCUCUCCCUGCCCCCUGUGCCCCAGAGGCUCCCUUGGCACCCAUCUCCCACCCCUCCAAAACCAACCACGUGCCCACUCAAGGCAGCUUACCUCCGGGGAGUGGUGCUCAGCUCAGUCCAGACCCUUCCUCCUCUACCACCACUUUCUCCAGCCUGAUGCCUCCUCCCUCCUUUGGAUCUCUCCUCCCAUCAACAGGGGGAGAAGUGGAGGAGGACGAGGGCAUGAAGCACUUGCAACAGGAGGCUGAAAAGAUGGUGGCAUCUCUGCAGGACACAUCCCUUGAGGAGGAGUGUUUCACUCAAGCACUGCAGGAGAGCCACAACAUUACCUCCCAAUCUCUUACACACCCAGCCCCACACUCACACACACACACCGCUGGACACACACACUCCCACUCUGCCCAUAGGGACUGUGCCCUGCCCCUCUCCCACGAGGCAGCCAUGAAGUGGUUCUACAAGGACCCCCAGGCAGAGAUCCAAGGUCCCUUCUCCACUGUGGAGAUGUGUGAGUGGUUCCAGGCGGGCUACUUCUCCAUGACACUGCUGGUAAAGAGGGGUUGUGAUGAGGGCUUCCAGCCCCUGGGUGACGUCAUCAAGAUGUGGGGGCGCGUGCCCUUCUCCCCCGGCCCCUCCCCCCCACCCCUGCUGGUGAGACAGCCUCCACCACCUCGGGGGUCCUCUGGCAAUAUGGAUCAGGAGCUGCUGAAGAAACAGUUAGAACAAGCAGCCACUGCAGCUUUAUACCAGCAAUUGCAGAUAAGGUUUCAGCACAUGAACAGGAGUGGGGAAUCUAGCAUGAUGAACAGGUCCAUGUCAGUACCAGAUAAUGGGUCUAUGUGGGACAUGCGUACCUCAGCCUCCCAGCAGUCAGGAGGUGAGGCCAACCUAUGGGACUUAACCAUGAGUCAUUCCACUCAGGGGCCAUCUCUGGAGCAGCUACAGAAGCUCCAGGACCGGCGUGAGGCUGAACUCAGGGCCAAGGAGGAGGAGAGGAAGCGGCGGGAGGAGAAGAGGCGGCAGCAGGAGGAGCAGAAGAGGCGUGAGGAGGAGGAGCUGUACAGGCGUAAGCAGCAGUGUCGGCAGCAGCAGGAGCUGAUCCUGAAGCUGCUGCAACAGGCCCAGCCCGGGGGCCCAGGGUGUAUCGCUGGGUCAGGGUCAGGGACUGUGUGGAGUGGCCCCCAGGUCUCAGCGCUCUCCAAGCAAGGCAAGAGCCUCAGCCUGCUGGAGCUGGAGACCGAGAGGCUGCUCAAACAGCAGGCCCAGCACCAGAGGGCCCAGCAGCAGAGGGACAGGCAUGGAGGCCUGUCUAUGGGUCAGUGGGGUGAGGGGUCUGUGGGCAUGUGGUCUGGUGGGGGCAUGGAGCCCAAAGGCAGCUCUGGAGGUAUGGGUGUCUGGGAGGAGGCUGUGAAGAACCAGAACAGCCUCCGCAACAUGGGCAUGAAGAACAGCCGCAGCAGCCCCUCUCUUAGUGAGCAGUACAUGUUAAGGAAGAAGCGUACAGAGGAGGAGGACAAAUUGCUGAAGCUGCUGCAGGGCAUGAAACCCCAGGACGGCUUCACCACCUGGUGUGAACAGAUGCUGCACGCGCUCAACACCUCCGCUAACAACUCCCCCUCCUCGUCCCUGGAUGUAGCCACCAUCGUGGCCUAUCUGAAGGAGGUGGAGUCUCCCUACGAAGUCCUUGACUUUAUCCGCUCCUACCUGGGCGACACUGUGGAAGCCAAAGAGUUUGCCAAGCAGUUCCUGGAGCGGCGUGCCAAACAGAAAGCCAACCACCAGAGGCAGCAACAGCAGUUAUCAAAAGAAGUUCCAGGACUGUCCGUGAACAACUUUCCUCUACAGUCCAUGUUCCAGGCAGCCCAGAUGGGGAAGGGAGGAAUGUAUGACAGCCAAGCUGCAAAGAUGAAGAAGAAACAGAACAUGAUGCUUCACUCCGACCCCAGCAUCUUAGGAUAUUCAUUCCUGGGCGCAGGGGACAGGAUGAGCCUGGGCGAGAUGGAAACAGUGGAAGAUUAUUGAUCCACAGCAUCUACCUGAAUCCACCUGAGGCCUUAUACCUGGCAUACGAGACACACACACACAUUCACAGACCGACAUACGCACACACACUGACGAAUGUGCACUGCUGAGCUACUUUGCCCCCUCUUGGAUGAGGACCUUGUAAAGUACUGUUUUCUCCCUCGUCUCUCAGUGAGAGGGGCCGGAAGGGGUGUGCAGAGAGGAGUACCCUUCCGCACUUCUUACAGUUAAGCACCUUAAACUAAACUAAUGCACUUUAUUACAUGGGGUUUCAAUAUUUGAAAUGAAGUUUUGCCUGUUUUUUUGUUUUUGUUGGUUUUAGGAUGCAAAAUGUGCAUAUAUUAUGUCUAUGAUAUGAAUAUACACAAGUGGAUGUGUGUGUGCAAACAUACCCAAGUAAGGAACUGGAGGUUACAUCUCUGAUAAUAAUGGUGAGGGGUUGGGGGAGUGAUGAGCAUUUGGUUUAGAAAGUAUAUUCUUUUUUGAAAAGAGACACUGUUGUUUUUUUAAACAUUUUAUAUAAAAUGUAAAGCUAUAGCAAAUUUGCAUUUUAAGAAAAACUUGAAUGUUUGCACUUACAAAAACAAACAAAAGUUGUUGUGGAUAAGUAGUGGAAGAAAAAUAUGUUUCUGAAUGCUGGUGUCUGUGUGGUAGACUCAAAGCCUGCACACUUUUUAUUGCUUACAGAGAUGCAUAAAAAGGCCAUGUUUUUACUUUGUUCCAUGAAACUUUUUUUUACUUUGUGAAGGAUGUAUGCAAUUUGUGCCCAUGUUAGAUGUAUGAGUGAUGAGUAGCCAAUGAAUGUGUGGAUGUUAUUUUUGUACAUGGGUUCUUUAAGCGAGAGUGGGAGUGGAUAGGGCUCUUUUCAUCCAAUCUUUCACCAGCUCCUCAUCCCCUAAAUGACUUCAUGAUGGUCUGCGUUUCUGUCCAGUUACCUGAAUGGCCGCUCGUGUUCUGGCAUUGGUGCUUUGCUGCCCUCAUGCUCUUCUCUCGCGACGAGUCACGGGUAUACAGGCUCUGAUUCGCUGAUUGAACUGUGAAAGCAAAUGUCUUGUUUCAAGGCAGAUUUCCGAGGUAUAUUUUACUGCAGUACAGGCCCUGUCUCUCAAUCUCACUCUUGUUAAAAGAACCAUAAAUAGUUAUGUUUAAUAAUUAUCUUCCUUGUGGUUAUGAAAGUUGGUAAGACCAGAGAAGUUCCUUGCAUUUUUCAAGGGGAUCUAUUGCCUUUAACGACAUGCCAGUGUUGAGGUCUUGCUUUCCUGUUUCCAGGCUGUUUUGCAAGCUAUUGCCACUGCUUGUGAGAACCCUGGUUUUUAUAGCUAGAGUCUUCUCUUUUGUUGCUUUUUGAAUAUGUUUGUCUGUUUAAAACAGUGGAAAAGUAUUUGGACUUGAUGAUAUGGAGCACUUUUGAGGCUGCUAAGCUUUUGUAUUUUUAUAUUGGUUUUUUUUUUGCUUCUUGUAAUUUCUUAUAUAUCAAAAAAGAAAAAAAAAUGUAAAUGAAUGUAUUCCAAAAACAGAACAGUGCAGUGAGAUGAAGCCAGACUUUAAACAAAUGGUAAUGCAGAGAGUUGUGGGGAUAAAGUAUUAGAGUCCCUGAAGAUGAGAUACUGUAAAUUAAACUGAGGUGGACACCGCUGAACACACUGCCUACUGCUCUCUGAAGAACUUCUCGUAAUAAGAUGAAGACGUCUGUCCAUCACCAAGCAAUGUUGUCGUCCUCGAUAGUCUCUGGAUACAGCGGCAAAUCCUUUCAAACAUGAAGGACUCAUUACAAACCUAUAUACCGAGGAAAUGGCAUGGAAAAUGUAGCAGUAGUUUUUCAAAAGAUGAAUCUGUCUCCUUUUGAUCUUUGAAUGUCUGGGUUGCAACUUUAUUGUCUUCUUUCUCUAAUUGCCUACAACUUGUGAAAAUGGAGAGUUUGAAGAUGUGGCCGGAGGAAUGAUCGGUACUUCAUCUGCAAACUGAAACGGUCUUCGCUUUAACCAUUUUUUUUAUUCAUACAAGUCUGGAUUAUAUUUUUUAUUUAAAAAAAAAAAAAUCAAUAGAAAAAGGAGAAUGGACAAUUUGUUUUAGACUGGUGACAACUAAUAUGUGGUUAUCAUUUGAAUCCAUGUGUUUCUCAAGAAGAGAUCCGGAGAUUACGUGAGGAGAUGGAUAAAAAAUAAUCUAUUAUGACUCCUUUCACGCUUGUUCCUCAGGCCAGCCUCCUUGCCAUAGCUGAUCCCCCUCUGUACAACAUACUGUGCAACAUGUCUCAUGGGGUUUGGUGGGCUGGGACCAUGUGACUAUAGGUUGCCAGUUUAAAAUUAUGGACAUUUUAAAGAGAUUCAACAAAUGUUCAAAGACAUUAAAAUAUACUGGAGAGAACAUAUUUUUAUAACACAGGCCUCCAAUUGGAACCUUUUGAAACCCAAAACUACUGGACAAUGGACUGACUGGAGGGGGGGGGGGGGUAAAAUUAGUUCAUCUUCCACUUGUGCUUUUGUUGGUUUUAGUCACAGAACAGAGUGUAGGGAGAUGGACAGGUUUGUGGACUAUGUGAGAUGCCCCUGUCUCCUUGUAUUUACUCUUCUACUGGACACGGAUUGCCUUUCCCUGGACAUUCUCCACAAGAAAGGACAGCAUGGAGGAUGACCUUGACACAGAUUCUUCGGUGUAUCAGAACAAUACUGCACUGACCUUCAGAGAGCCACAGAAGGCCAGGAGGAUACCUCAUGGACACUUGCCACCAUCUCCUUGCUUGGUCCAUGUAGUGGCCCUUCUGCUGGAUGACCAGCUGCAAAUAGAGGUGUAUCGUGGGCUAAGACGUGUGGACUCUCAUACCCUGAAUGACUGGGCUGUUCUGGACCACAGCUGGACAUGGAAUUGUCUCUGAGAGGAGCAGACCGUAAAGGAGAGAGACUCCCAGACACAAGCUUUGUCCUGGACUGGACUAGACAGGAAGACUGAACCCAGCUGAUCGAGGUCUCAACCAGGAGUUAAGACUCAUGCACCCACACACAUCUGGUUGGCAAGUUUCAACUCCUGGAUGUAAAUAGUGAAUGUUUCACUUGACUUUACUGGUUGUUGUGUAAGAUUUUUUGACUCAUUUGGUUUUACUUGCCUUAACUGGACAGAAUAAAAUUGCCCAUGAGUGAUAUCCCCUCCCCACCACCCCUACGUAGUAAUAGGUUUGACCUGGUGGAGUGUAUGGAAUGAUGACUGGGUUGGUUUGGGACAUCCAAAAUGAGUGAAGUAAUGGGUAUUCGUGAGAUUGCUGUAAAAAGAGAAUGCUAAAACUAUUAGAGGAAUGUUUGUAAAAUUGGUUUAAAGAAGUUUUGGGGAAAUGUUAUGGUUAAUUGCCUCUUCUUGCUACUCAAACACAGCACAGCAGAAUUUUAGAUGGGGCUGGGCAUUGUAAAUAGUUUUUACUUUGAAGAGAAGUGUAACAGAAUAAAUAAACUAAUGUGUGAAAUGCAAUAUUAAUGUGUCACAUUCUCUACAUAUUGUUUUAAAGGGAAGACCGAUCAACACAUGUUGACCUUGCGCAGCGAGUUGCCGUCAUAUUGCAUCUGACCACAGAAAAUGUUCUGUUCCUUUCCGGAUGAUUCCACAUGUUGAAUUGCCACCUUUUGUCAACGCCCAGCAGGAGAUCUACUGUGCAAGACAGAUGUUCUUUGUUGGUCUGUCUUUCCUUUUUAACACUAAAUCAUGUAUAUCUGCCUGCAGUUUUACAUGUUGCCCACAUGGGGGCAUGGUAUGUUCAGUUUUAUUGUCCUGUACUCCACACUCCUUUCUGCUUUCCCAAUCAUUUACAUUUACAUUUAAGUCAUUUAGCAGACGCUCUUAUCCACAAACCACUGGAAAUGAGCUGCUGAAUUGUUACAUUGUAAAGGAAAAGCAUCUGAUACAGCAGUGGUUACCAAACUGUGGGGCGCUACCUUUGUGUGUGUGUGUGUGUGUGUGUGUUUCAUCAGUUCCUCUUGUCAUGCCAGUCGUUGCAUACCAUAGAGCUAUAACUUGUCAGAAAUGUACAGAUCAACUAGCCCAUGCCAGCAGGCAAGUUUUAAAAAAUUGGGUAUCACAUGAAUACAUGUUAGACAUGGUAAAAUGUCCAAGACAAUGUGCUUUAAAACUUCAGUUUUCUUUGCGCCCCAUUACAAAAAGAAUUGCAGGAAAUAACCUUUAAACCUGUAAAAUUCUCUCCACCAAGAGGGGUGUGAACAGUGCUUGUGCUCUUAGAAUUAGACGUAGCUCGUGUAUGCAAAGGGGGGUGGCUGGAUGUUCGCCAAUACUUGAAGGGUGGCGCCAAGUGAAAAAGUUUGGGAACCCCUUGUCGUGAUGUGUGUUUUGUCCUAUAUUUGUAAUCCCAUCCCCGCAGGGGGUCUUUUGCCUUUUGGUAGGCCGUCAUUGUAAAUAAAAAAUUGUUCUUAA